AUGUCGAGAGACAUUGUGGAUGAUACUAUCCAUGAAAAAGUUUUCUCUUAUUUGUCAGAAUAUGCUUCCAAAGGUCCGGAAAUGGUGGAAAUUUUUAUGAGCUGGAAUGUACUGGACAAUAAGAAGGUUGUUAUCGAACCCGUGCGAAGAUAUUGGCGAACGUUUAGCGGCUUUGCAACUCAUCUGGAUCUUAGUCCGGUCAGCUGGUUCGUUGUUCAAAUGUCUCGAGUGAACGCCACACAUCUUCCACGUAUCUUAUGGUCUGUUGCAUCACUUGUCGCCUUAGCUUACCCGUUUGGAUAUCUUGUUGACCGAUCGCGACAAAGUCGUUCCGCAGACUCAAAUGAUCCAAUCUACGAGACAUUCGGGUUCAUCAUAUAUGAUGUUGUUACCCCUUUAUUAAACACCGACACAAAUUUUGAGAUGGUUACGGUGGCCGUCAAUGUUAUCGAAUCCUUGAUCUUGUUGGUCAACCGAGCGACAGAUGAUGAUAGAGAAACGCUCGCGUCAAGGCUAACAGAAGUAUUAACAUUUUUACUUGGAUUUUUCAAGAUUCAACAAUCGAAGGAGAGCUUGAUCAACGAUGGAAUCAAUCCCGAUAUCCAAUUAAUAAUUUCAAAUGGAGCACAUGAAAAGUUAAGGACACUGUUCUCAAAUAUCAGAAGAAAUGUCUCCGGUGGGAAAUCUUUGAUCCUUAGCAUAUUACACGCAAUUAGCUCCCUUUCAAAAAAACACAGAUCGGUAAUGACGGUGACAUCCAUCGACACGAUACUGGAUGUCUUGUUCAUCCCAGACUAUAAUUCGGAUCAACGCAUACUAAAAGCAGCACUCGAAAUCAUAUCGAUUGUUGUCCCUAACAAAAUUUCCGGCGGUCAAGUUGCAGACGUGAAUAUCGUGAAUAAGACGCUACAGACAAUUCGAAAUCUACUGAUAGACUCGAGAAUCGAGAGUCACGGUGUAAUAAUGAUCCUCGAAACGAUACAAAUUCUACUUGAGAAAGAAAACACGGGCCGUUACAUCCUUGAUUGUAAAUACGCGGAUAACUGGGCUCAUGCAAUAAUGUUUAAAGUCUCUGAUCCGCGUUGGGAAGUACGCGACUCGGUUCUCGAAUUUAUUGGUAGAUUGUUUGAAAUGUCAAACGGUCAGGGUCCUGGUGUCGAAUUCGCGCUCAAGUUUAGCCUACCUUUGAUGAUAAUUUCGAAAACUACUGAUGAAGUGGCAUAUGUUCGUGCCUCCUGUCUGAAAACGAUUCAGGCGGUGAUGUGUUGUCCAGAUGGUUGGAAAUAUAGCGUAUCCCAAGAUUUACCCAUGAAAAUAGCUUCAAAACUUCCAUCCAUUAUGAAAGACACCGAGGCGUUUGUCAGACGGGCUGUUAUGGAACUGAUGAUCUUCCUUAUCGCCGAACGCGAAUGCGGUGUCAUUCUGUUGGCCGACUACAACAAAGAAAUAUUAAAUUCGAUAGCCAUAGAAAAGAUAAUGGACGACCCUGAUUUUUACGUUAGAAUUGGUGGUUGCAAGUUUCUUGAAGCCGUAUGGUAUUACUGCGAACAACACCGGGGCACUCCUGUUGAAGAAUGCUCACUGCUAAGCGAUGGCGCGUCGUGGUUUUAUUCACUUGGCGGUGACAGGUUGCUGGUAGAUGCGGUGGAUGAUUCAAGUAGACUGGUUCGUGGGGAAAUUAUAAGAAUCCUUAAAUGCCUGAAAUCAUAUUUCGAACAAAUGAUUCACAAUCACGAGCCCAUCGACGUAAACAAGGAUGGAGACAAAUCACCACCGUCUUAUGAUUUAUUAAUACAGAAACAUUUAGAAUUUUAUCAACAAAUUUGCUUAGUCGACUUCAGCCGCCUCGAAGCUACAAUAGAUGUUGAACAUUUAUACAAGGAGGCCCUAGAAAGCGUCAACCCGAGGAUGAUGACGGACACAGAUGUGAUAGGGGGGUGCGAAAAUAACGCGUUGGAUUGUUAUUUCUGA